CAACUGGCCAAGUUUCAUAUAAAAUAUAGUAAGUAUAAAUUUAGCUAUUGAUCAGCAAAUUAAGAGAUUAAUUGUAAUUUGAAAGAACAUGGAAGAGUCUUUGUUGCCUGUUUCGAGUUUAGAGUGCAGAUCAGACGCUGUAAUUGCUAAAGGAUCCCUUUAUCACAAAGCUGCUGCUUUCGUUGAUCUUGCUGACGAUGGUGCUGGUAUACCAGAAGAAAUUCUUGAGGGAUCAAACUUUGAAAAAGCAGCACCAUUAUAUUUCAUGUUUAAUUAUGUUCACUUAAUUGGGAAAUUUAAUUCAAUCUUGCUAGUCAUUCUCAACUUUUUUGAGAAACCACUUUGGUGUUUUAAGCAUUUAGCUGAGUCUUGCAACAACAGAGAUUAUUACUUUCUAGGAGAGUUGCCAUAUUUGACUAGUACACAAUCCAUUAUAUAUGAGGUUGUUACUCUUAUAAUUCUUGUGAUACACAUUUUAUUUCCAAUAUCAUUUGAAGGAUUCCAUCUCUACUGGAAAAGGAAUCUCAACAAGCUGAAGGUCAUUUCGCUGUUAAUAUUGUCUGCAGAUAUUGUGGUGUACAUGCUCUUUCUCUCCAACUUCAGUUAUCUGCCAUUCCGUAUUGCACCUUAUCUCCGAGUGGUCUUCUUGAUUUUGAACAAUAGGGAAUUACGAGAGAUAUUCCUCAUCCUUGCAGGAAUGUUUGGUGCCUAUCUUAAUGUUGUGGCUUUAUCUGCUUUAUAUCUUCUAUUCUCGAGCUGGUUAGGAUAUGUCUUCUUUACAGAUACACGGUUGGGAAAAACCACGUUUACUUCAUAUGGCACCACGCUAUACCAAAUGUUUCUUCUAUUUACAGCAUCAAAUCAUCCAGAUGUCUGGAUCCCAGCAUACAAGGACGCACGUUGGUAUUGCUUAUUUUUUAUUCUCUACGUGAUAGUGAGCAUUUAUGUUGUCGUCAACUUAAUUCUCGCUGGUAUAUAUGGUAGCUUCGUAAGUGAGCUUAAAAAAAAAGUGGCUGAAAAGGAUGAAAUGAGGCGGCGGAUUUUGAACAAAGUAUUUUACCUGAUUGAUAACACUAAAAGCGGGUACGUCGAUAAAGAGCAAUGUUUCUUUCUCUUUAAGGAACUUAACAAAUACAGGACGAUACCAGAAAUUCCGAGAGAUGAUUUUGAGUUGAUAUUCAAUGAGCUGGAUGUUACUCAUGACUUUAAGAUAAAUUUGGAUGAAUUUGAUAGACUAUGCAAUAUCAUUGCGCUAAAAUUUGAAGAGGAGGAUUCACUGUCAAUCUUUGAAAAGUGUCCAAAUUUCUAUCAUUCACCAGCAUCAGAGAAGUUGAGAGGCUUCAUCCAAAGCACCAAGUUUGAGAACAUUAUAGUGUUCGUUCUCCUUGUCAAUCUUGUUGCUGUAAUUAUUGAAACUAUGCUUGAUAUGCAGGACAACUCAGCUCAAACCUUGUGGCAAAAGAUAGAGAUCUCUUUUGGUUGGUUAUAUGUCAUUGAGAUGGCACUAAAAGUCUACACAUAUGGUUUUGGAAACUAUUGGAGGGAUGGUAAAAAUCAAUUUGAUUUUUGCAUCACUUGCUUCAUUGUUAUUGAAGAAAUGACUAUUUUGGUAGACCUUGAUGCUCUGAAUGCCCUGUCCAACAGAAAUUGGAUUCGCUAUCUUCUUAUCACAAGAAUGUUACGUUUCGUUAGACUUUUGAUUCACAUUCGGCGAUUUCGUGCCUUUGUUGCCACAUUUUUGCGCCUCAUGUAUAGUCUGCUGCCAUACUGGGGAACCAUAUUCUGUAUCAUAUGCAUUUAUUGCUCUCUUGGUUUACAGAUCUUUGGUGGGAUUGUGAACACUGGAAACCCCAACUUAAACCAAACUGCCCUUGCUAGUUAUGACUAUUUACUUUUUAACUUCAAUGACUAUCCAAAUGGCAUGGUGACACUUUUCAAUUUGUUGGUGAUGGGAAUAUGGCCACCAGUGAUGCAGAGCUACAAGGAACUGACAGGAACUUCCUGGACUUACAGCUACUUCUUCAGCUUCUAUCUUAUCGCUGCUUUGUGGCUAUUAAAUUUGAUUAUGGUAUUUGUCUUGGAAGCUUUUCGAGUAGAAAAUGAAGAUAUAGAGCUUUCUGCACGACGUAUGGAUGAUGAGGACAAGGACGAAAGAAGUGAGCAGCGACGUACUGUUGGCACUAAGAAUCGGAGACAGAAAUUAGAUGAUCUCCAUCAUCGCAUGGUUAGGGAACGAACUUAGCCCUCCAAUCAAUCCAUAACUCUGUUCCAUUCUCCAGGCUGCUUUUAUGUGGUCCAGUGAGCUUCAGAAAUUGAGUUAUUUUGGACCUGGUAAUGAAUAGAAAUCGCAAUGGGCUGCGUACUUAUAUUGUAGUUGUGAAGUAUGGUGUGCUCUGUAGUUUAAGUUUAGGGAUCGACCUCUAUAGCCCAUUGAUUAUUUUUAGCUUCUCCAUGCAAAUGUGUAAAGGUUCUAAUACAAGUUCCAUUUCUAUGCUUGUUUUUGUUGAGGACUCUAUAUCAAACAUUUCUAGAUGAAAUCAGUAAUUUUCACAUUUUUCCA